CAGCUCUGCUACAAGCUUGGACCCCCUCCAGAACUGCAAAGAGAGGAAGAGCCUGGACAUCUCGGGGCUGAAGGAGACCUAUUCCUGAUGGAAAACCCCUUAUCAGGUGGGAAAAUGCAAGGGAUAUUCAAGACAACCUCAAAAAUAUUUCAGCAAACUUGUGUUUUGCUAUGGAAAAAUAUUCUUCUGGUGUGGAGGAUGAAGACAGAAAGUUUUCAGGAAUGGAUUACAUCGGCGGUUUUGCUCUUAGUAAUACAAAUGGCAUCCUUUGUGGUGUCCUCCUACCUGCAGAGAGAAAUGCCUUACACUUUCCUUGGGAAGCUGGAUGAUUCCCUGAUCAAUGCCACAGGAGUCACUCUCGCCUACACCCCCAUAACAAACACCACCAGGAGGAUCAUGAGCAAAGUGGGCUCUGUCUCUGUCCUCAGGGGUGUAAUAAUAGAAGAGAUGGAAAAUGAGGAAGAAAUGGAAACAAGAGGGAUUUUGGAGGACGACACUAUUGGUGUUGUUUUUCGGGAUGACCUCUCCUACCACCUGAGAUUCCAAAGCUACACCAUGGCAUCCCCUGAGGAUGUCUUUGAUCACAUUGUUACCUGCCACAGCCAUGCUUACAGUUCCUGCAAAGUUCCUCUCUAUGGGUACUGGGGUUUCAUGGCAGUGCAGUCCAGCAUCGAUGCAGCAGUCAUAGAAAUGAAAACAAACCACUCUGUCUGGGAUGAGGUGAAAUCUAUCAGUGGCAUUCGUCUGGAAUCCCCCUCGAUGAGAUCUGUGAAUAAACUGGAUUAUACUUGGAUCAUCAUUUAUCUUAUCUUGUGUUUCUGCCCCUAUAUGUACUUCUUGUCAGUCAAAGUUACCAGAGAAAGAAAGAAGCUGAAGGUGUUAAUGAGAGCAAUGGGUCUGCAAGAUGCUGCAUUCUGGUUAUCCUGGAGCUUGCUCUACACCAUUUAUAUCUCCAUAACCUCAAGCCUGCUGGCACUGAUCACCAUUAGAGGAUUCAUCUAUGAUCACAGCUUCUCUGAACUAUAUUUUUUUUAUUUCUUUUAUGGCAUAGCAUCUGUUCACUUCUGUUUCAUGCUCAGCUCACUGUUAAAGAAGCCAAAUAUUGUCACUUUUGUGGCAUUUGCCCUGUACAUCAUCUUUGGGUUGCUGGGCUUUCUGAUUUUGUUUGAAAAACUACCAUCCUCUUCAGAAUGGGUUUUUAAUCUCUUCAGUCCCUUUGCCUUUGCAGCUGGCAUCUCAAAGAUGGUAAAAUUACAAAAAUAUGGACCAGCCUUCUUCCCAGAAUCAUACCCAUACUUUAACCUGUACAUCAUCCUGCCCCUUGACAGUGUUCUCUAUUUCCUGUUGGCCAUCUACUUUGAUAAGGUUCUACCUGGCAAGUAUGGAGCACCAUACCCCCCUACCUUCUUCCUGAGACCAUCGUACUGGUGCAGGGCCAGGAGUGGCUACCUGGGGGCACCAGCUGGCACGGAGGGCAACCAAGAUCCCACCCUUGGCAAUAACACAGAGCCAAUGCCUCCAGGCUUUGAUGGGAAGGAAGCAAUCAGAAUAAACAACAUUACAAAACUAUACAAGAAGAAGGACAAGAGAACCGAAGCUUUAAGGGGUUUGUCCUUAACUAUCUAUGAAGGGCAGAUCACUGCCUUGCUUGGCCACAGUGGGUCUGGGAAAUCUUCUCUUCUACACGUGCUCAGUGGAUUUUCCAGUCCUUCAUCAGGUUCUGCAACGAUUUACAACUACAAAGUGUCUGAAGUGCAGGAUAUGGAAGGCAUUCGGACAAUGGUUGGGAUUUGCCCCCAGUUUAAUUUGCAUUUUGAAGCCUUAACAGUGAAGGAAAACCUGAGGAUUUUUGCUCACAUCAAAGGGAUUCAGUGGAAGGAAGUAGAGCAAGAGGUUGGUAUGUUCCAGAAAGUUCUUGUGAUGUUGGACCUCACUGACCUUCAGGACAUUCCGUGCUGAUGCUCUGAGUGGAGGACAAAAAGAACACUGUCCCUUGGAAUUGCAGUUUUGGGGAAUCCCCAGGUUUUGCUUUUGGAUGAGCCAACAGUGGGGUUGGAUCCCUGCUCCAGGCACCACGUGUGGAGCCUCCUGAAGGAACGGCAGCCUGGGCGUGUGACGCUCUUCACCACCCACUCCAUGGAGGAGGCUGAUGCCCAUGCUGAUCGGAAAGCUUUCCUCUCAAAUGGGAGGUUGAGAUGUGUGGGCUCCUCUCUGUACUUGAAGAGAAAAUGGGGGAUUGGCUAUCACUUAAGGAUGCACAUCAAUGAGCUGUGUGACCCUGAGCUUGCCACCUCCCUGGUCAGGCAGCACAUCCCCAAUGCUGUGCUGAAGGGACAGAAGAGGGGUGAGCUCUGCUAUAUGCUGCCUCUGGAGAACACCAACACCUUCCCAGAUCUCUUCAGCCACCUGGAGAGCAACGUUUUGCAGGGGGUUGCUAAUUAUGAGGUUAGCAGAACAACCCUGGAAGAUGUUUUCCUGAAGCUGGAGGGUGAGGAAGCCACUGACCAAGAAGAAGAUGGAGACCUGGAGGAGAGGGACCCAAACUUCCCAGUGUUCUCAGAGCAGGAGAAGGCAGCAGUGAGUGGGAUGGAGCUCUGGAGGCAGCAAGUCUGUGCCAUGGGGAGAGUUCGCUUCCUAAAGCUGAAGCAUGAAGGAAAAUUUCUCAGGUCCAUAUUGCUGUUCUUCGGAAUAUUUAUCCUCCCAAUCCUUAUGAUUUUCCUUCAAUUUCACCUCUGGGAGAACUCCAGCAACUGGGAAAUCUCAGCUAAGUCGUAUUGUCUUCCCACUGAAGAGAAAAGUCAGAAUAAGCUGGCAAAUCUUCUCAUCCUCAAUGACACAGGAUCAGAAAUUGAGGAUAUCAUCAGUGCUUUGAGGACCCAAAACAUAAAGCCAGAAAUUACUCUUGAGAAAAACAUCACCAGCAUCCCACUACACCAUGGAGCUAUAAAAAUAUCCCUGGAAGACAAGAGCUACAGGUACACGGUCAUGUGCAGCACGGAGCCCAUCAACUGCUUCCCCAUGCUCAUGAACAUCCUCAGCAACACCUUCCUGAGGCUCUUCAACUCCACGGAACGGAUCAGCAUCUGGAGUGAGCCCUUUUACAACACCCAAAAUCCAGAGGUACGCAAUGAAGUUUUUUUCAUCUGCCUGACCUACAUGCUGACCUUGGCUGCUGGGCUGCCACCUCACUUUGUAGCAAGCAGCAGGGAGGAUCACAAGCUCCAGGCUCAUGCUCAGCUGCGUCUCGUGGGGCUUUUCCCCUCUGCCUACUGGUGUGGGCAGGCACUGGUGGACAUCCCACUCUUCUGGACCCUCCUCUGCCUCAUGUUUGGGGUUGUUCUCCUCUUCAGUCGUGCCUUCCCCUUGCAGGCCAGUGCCCUGCUGACCCUGAUCACUUGUGUCCUUGGGUAUGGAACAUCUCUGGUCCUCCUCACCUAUUUGAUUGCCUUUAAAUUCCGCACGGGGCGAAGCAAUCGUUACCUCUGGUCUUUUGUCUUCAUCCUGGUGAAUUUCACUCUCUAUUUAUUAAGUGGCAUACAUGAAGACUUUUACUUCAUCUUCUCUGUUUUGGUUCCCAUUUUUCCACUGCUGGGCUGGUUCCUCUUCGUUACACCAUUUUUCUCACCAUUUCUCUUUGGGUAUUUUUUUGAGUCAUGGAAUCACAUCUUCGUGGCUGUCUUUGCUCCUUACCUCCACUGUGUGAUUCUUGCUUUCCUCCUGCGUUGUUUGGAGAUGAGAUCUGGAGAAGCAGUUCCAAAACCUGACCCCAUCUUCAGGAUCCAGCAGAGAGUGGUCACCCACCAGAACAGGGACCACCCUGGGGAGGAGUCCCCAGAAGUCCAGGAGGAGAGGGAGAGGGUGAAGAGCACCCUGGUGUCCCCACAGCAGGAGGAGGCGCUGGUUCUUGCCAACAGCUUGCGCAAGGAAUAUGAGGACAAGAAAGCCAGCUCCAUCUUCAAGAAGAAGAAGAAAGUUGCAGUCAAAAACCUCUCGUUUGCUGUCAAAAAAGGAGAAGUAUUAGGUCUGCUAGGACCCAACGGAGCUGGAAAAAGCACAACUAUAAAUAUGAUUUCUGGAAACAUAACCAUGACUGCAGGGGAGGUGAUGCUCAAGGGACACCUGGGCUGCUGCCCACAGCUGGACCCACUCUGGCCAGACCUCACCAUCCUCCAGCAUCUGGAGGCCCAUGCUGCUGUCAGAGGGAUCAGGAGAGAGGAUGCAGAUGUUAACAUCAGCAGCAUAACAAGAGCCUUAGAUCUCCAGAAACAUUUAAAAACCCCAGUUAGGAAGCUACCUGCAGGAGAAGCCAGAAAGUUGUGUUUUGCCCUGAGCAUCCUGGGAGAUCCAAAGGUAAUGCUUUGGGAUGAGCCAUCAGCAGGCAUGGACCCAAAAGGGCAGCGUCGGAUGUGGAAAAUGAUUCGGAUGGCCAUGAAAGGCAAGGAGAGAGCAGGCAUCCUCAGCACACACUACCUGGAGGAGGCAGUGGCCAUCUGUGACCGUGUGGCCAUCCUGGUGUCGGGGCAGCUACGGUACAUUGGCUCCCUGGAGGAUCUGAGAAGUAAGUUUGGCACAAGUUACCACCUAGAAGUUAAGCUGCUGGACCCGGGGCAAAGCGAUGCUCUCCAUGCUGAAAUUCUGCACCUCUUCCCCCACGCGGCUCGGCAAGAAAGGACGGCUUCUUUGCUCAUCUACAAGAUACCCAUGGAAGAUGCCCUGCCUUUGUCACGAUCUUUCUCCAAGCUAGAAGCAGCUAAGCAGAGCUUCAGGCUGGAGGACUACAGCUUGUCCUUGCACACUUUGCAGCAGGUGUUUGUAGACCUCACCCGGGAGCCAGAGGAGCAGGAGCAGGAUGGAAGGGCUGAGAGGGCUGUGGAGUGGAGGCUCCUUCACCCCUGAGCCCUUGGAGCCCCCAAGGAUAUUUCUUUAGGAUAUUUCAUUCGGGAUAUUUCAUCAGUGUCACUGACCCGUGGGAUGAGAUGCACCCAGAGGACUUGGCUACCCGUGGGACACCACACAAACACCCCCUCCCUGCAGCUUUUCUGCCUCACAAAGAAGAAAAAAGGAAUUGUUAUUUUAAUAAAUAAAGCCU